AUGAAGACCUUGGCCUUUGAUGCGCAGGAGGAACUCCCAGCUGAGGAAGCUCCUUCACCUUCAGUGGAGAGCGAGGGCUGGAUUUGGGACCGCUCCAUGGAUGGCUUUACGAGGGUGUCCGAGCGGCCGACGUCCAAGAUAGAGACGGAGACCUGGCCAAGUCCCGUGAUCUCGAGGCGGCCGAGCCCCAGCCCUCGCAGUGGGCACAGUAGCAAGCUCUCCUUUGCCAGCACCAGUCCGCGGCCGCCGGCGGUGAACGAGCCGCUGCAGGUGCUGGAGGAGGUGCCACGAGAGAAGAGUCCGAUCCCAGCCCGACGAGCUCGAGGCAGCUGCAUGAGCCGCCCGAACUGCCAGAGUCGCCAGAGCCGCCCGGCCCGGGCACCAUGA